AUGUCAACUCCCUACGACAAAUCCAUAACCGAACUAGUAGACUACGUCUACAACCACACGCUCGACGAAACCGAGGAAAAGAUUUGGACUUCCGCACGAACAGCCCUCCUAGACGCAAUGGCCUGUGCAAUCUCAACAGCGACAACAAGUCCCGAAGCGCUUCGUCUUAUCAGUCCAGUUGUUGAUACGGUUGUUCCGGAUGGGUUUCCCGUACCUGGGACGAAGCUCGUGGUUGAUCCUGUUGCUGGGGCUUUCGGGUUGGGCGUUUUGAUUCGAUAUCUGGAUUUUAAUGACGCUGUGGGAGGCGUUGAAUGGGGACAUCCUUCUGAUAAUCUCGGCGCUAUACUCCCAGUUAUGGAUUGGCUGGCUCGGUCAUCUGCUUCUGGGCAGAGGGUUCAUAAAGGUCCACCAUUGACCAUGCAGACGCUUUUGAUUGCACUUGUUAAGGCUUAUGAGAUACAAGGCUGUUAUCAGAUGCAGAACGCUUUCAAUGCCUAUGGAAUUGACCAUGUUGUACUCGUUAAACUGGCAUCCGCUGCUGUUGUCUCUUGGUUGCUUGGAUUAAGUCAGGAACAAGCGAUGGCGACUAUUUCGCAUGUUUGGAUGGAUGGCCAUCCGAAUCGGGUGUACCGAUCUGGUGCUAAUACUAUCCCGAGGAAAGGAUGGGCGGCCGGUGAGGCGGCGAGGAGAGCUGUGCAGUUGUCUUUGAUUGUUGGACAGGGCCAGCCUGGGUCACCUGGGGCGUUGAGUGCGAAGCCAUGGGGAUUUUGGGAGCGGACGUUUGGUGAGGUGGGUUUCAAGUUCCCGCGGCCAUUUGGGUCUUGGACGGUGCAGAACGUGCUGUUCAAGAUUAUGCCUGUAGAGGGGCACGCGAUCUCGGCUGUGGAGGCUGCCAUCUUGCACGCUCGGCUGUUUCGACAAAAGGGGCUGUCUGAUCCUCUUGGGCUAAUCAACCGGAUUGAUCUCAGAACGACCGCUGCUGCGUAUUUGAUUGUGAAUAAGAAGGGUACGCUGCACAAUGCUGCCGACCGUGACCAUUGCAUUCAGUACGUUGUCGCCUUGGCUUUUUUGAAAGAAGGUCCACCAGAGGCCGGAGACUACCUAGACAAGGGCCCCUGGGCAACCAGUGAAGAGUUGAAUUCCUUGCGAGAUAGAAUCGUGGUUAACCCUGACUCCAAGCUCACACGGGACUACUUCGAUCUGAAUAAAAAGAGCAUCGGCGCAGGAAUGACAGUCCAUCUUGCAGAUGGCUCCACCAUGCCUGAAAUUCUGAUUGAAUACCCCGUGGGACAUGCACGGAAUCCUCAAACACCGGCAGCGAUACAGAAAAAGUUUUUCCACAGCAUGGGUCAGAUAUUCUCAGCAGCAGAAAUUGGUCGCAUAUUGGGGGCAGUUCGAAAGCCAGAUCUGCCAGUCUCAGUUUUUGUGGAUCUGUUUGUUCCAACGGGAAAGGCGAAGUUGUAG